UGUCAUUUGGUAUUACAUACGCAAAAGAGCCAAGUACUCCAACUCCGAUAACAAUGAAUUCAGCUUUAUUACUGUGGAUUGCAAUUUCAAUAAACUAAUUGCAAAUGUGUGGGAUGCUUAUUACAAUUUGGAUAGUACAGUCAAUAAGGAGAGUAUAGAGGAGUCCAUUAUUGAGUACAUUAAUGGAUACAUAAUUCAUGUUGCUGCACCUUGACAUACCGUUGAUAACAUCCUUAUCCCUGUUAACAUCGAGCAGAUAUUUCAUUGGGUUCUUAUCGUUGUGUCUUUUAAUGAGAGAUGUAUACAUGUCUAUGAUUCUCUUAGAGGUGGUUCACUACACAAUUCGUCAGUUUCAAAUGAGAUCAAGAAAUAUGUACAACUGAUUCCCAUGUAUCUAUCUAAAUCUGGUUUUUACAAGAAGAAAGGCAUUAACAUAUCGUCACAUCCGAAAUACAAGUCGCAUUCUGAAGUUGACUCUUUUGAAAUUAUACAUGUCAAUGAUAUAACACAACAACAUGAAGGAAGCCUCGAUUGUGGACUAUAUGUUGCUGCUUAUGCAGACCAUAUCAGUAAGGGGAAUUUGGUUCCAACAUUUGAUCCAGAUUUUACCCGUAUUCAAUACGCGUCUUUGUUGUGGAAUUAUGGAAUGCAAAAAAUCCAAGCUGAGCCAACAGUGACAGUGAGGCACCAGAAAGGCCAGUCAGGAUUCAUAGGGAUGUUGAUAUCAGUGACAUGAUCACAAUUGAUUAGAACCGUAAUACUAGAUUUAUGUAUUUUUGAAUAUG